GAAGAAGAAGAAGUUUUUAAAGAUUCGAAGUUACUAUAUACAUUUUCAAAUUAUAAUUGAUAAUAUUAGAUUAUUUUUUCAGUUUGUCUUCGUGUUACAUAUAUGAAUUGUAUAACUAACUUUUCACUAUCACGCGGUUCUUAUUUUGUAUAUAAUUGUUAAUUAAAUAUAAUUGAAAAUUAAAGAUUUGAUACUUAAAUAUGAAUGAAACUGAUUUCGGAGAUGAUUGGGAUGAUAACGUAUUGAAUGGUAUCGCUCAAGUCGAAGCAUCCGCUUUUGGAAAUCAUGAGGAGAACAGCCCUAAACCGAAACAUUUACAAGUUCUAAAAAAUAAUUUUGGCCAUCAAACAUUUAGACCUAUGCAGUGGAAAAUCAUCGACUCAAUUCUAACUCAUAAGAAAGAUAAUUGUGCUAUUAUGUCUACAGGUUAUGGCAAAUCACUCUGUUUUCAAUACCCUUCUGUUUUUACUGGUGGUGUAACUUUCGUUAUAUCACCUCUCAUCUCUUUAAUGGAAGAUCAGGUUUUGGCUCUAACAGUGGCAAAUAUUCCAGCUUGCUUACUUGGAACAGCUAAUAAGGAACAGGCGAAAACAGUAGAAAAAAUUGGUAAGAAUUAUUAUAGAUUGGUUUAUUUAACACCAGAAUUUUGUGGAGGAGAUUAUGGUAAAGAAUUAUUACAGCAUUGGGGUCAAACAUUACCUGUAACUUUAUUAGCCAUAGAUGAAGCACACUGUGUUAGCAGUUGGGGUCAUGAUUUUCGUACAUCUUAUAGAUACUUGGGUAAUUUGAGAAGUAUAUUGCCUCAUGUUCCAAUUUUGGCUGUAACAGCUACUGCUACUCAACUUGUUACUGAAGAUAUUGUUAAAAGUUUGAAACUAAGAAAUCCACAAUUUUCACGUACUAGUUUUGAUAGACCAAACUUUUAUUUCGCUGUUAAAAGAAAAACUGAUUUAAUCUUAAACGAUCUCAAAACUGUUAUGGAGUGUGAAAAUGGUCAAUGGAAAUUUGUUGGCUCUACUAUUGUCUAUACCAUAACUAGAAAAAAUACUGAAAAGAUAUCUGAUAUGUUAUCAUCUUUGGGAAUCAAAUGUGCACCAUAUCAUGCUGGACUAACAUUGAAACAACGUAAAGAGACCCAUGAAAAAUAUGUUAGAGAUAAAUUGGAUGUUGUGGUAGCAACGAUAGCAUUUGGUAUGGGAAUUGAUAAACCUGAUGUUAGAAAUGUUAUUCAUUAUGGUGUAUCCAAUAGUAUAGAAAGUUAUUAUCAAGAAGUUGGAAGGGCGGGUAGAGAUGGUCAACCAGCGAAAUGCAUUUGUUUUUAUUGUGAUAGUGAUUUUAAGACUCAUAGAUUUUUGAUGGCUCAAACUAAUACUGCAUCCCAUAGAGAGAAAAAAGAAAAAAUAUUGACAGGUAUUUCAAAUUAUGUGAACAGUUAUGACUGUAGAAGAAAAUAUAUUUUGUCAUAUUUUGGAGAAAAAUUCGAAAAACCAAAGAGUGAUAAUUGCUGUGAUAAUUGUUCUUAUAAUGACAAACUACAAAAUAAUUAUGAGAACUAUGAGGAUCUCGAUCAAAAAGGCAAUUUCAACUUCAGCAAAGAUGCCAGACUAUUUUUAUCUGCUGUUGCAGCAAUCCCUGGUAACUUUGGACUUGGAACUUAUAUUGAUUUUUUAAGAGGAUCCAAACGAGAGAAAUUGAAAAAAUUUGUUAACAUUCCUCUACAUGGUGCCGGUAGAGACAAACCUGAUAUAUGGUGGAAAGAAUUAGGACAACUUCUGAUUCGUAACAAGCUUCUUUCAAAUAAAGCAUGUUCUUUUAACAGUUUUGCGUUUAUUCUGGAAAUUACAGAUGCAGGAAAAUCUUUUUUGCAUGAUACUACUAAAGAGCUUAUUCUGGUUCCAACUCAAACGAUGCUUGGUUGCCUAAAAGCUAAAAACAAUAUUUGGCAAAAUAAAAGUGAUUCUGUAGUAUGUAACACUACAUCCGAACCUAGCACAAAAGAAAAGUCUGAAGAGAAUAUGGAAUUAUACAGAUUACUACUUGAAGUUAGAGCUGAACUAGCGGCUACUGAAGAUUGUAUGCCUUACAUGAUAGCGUCCAAUCGCACUUUAAUGGAUAUGGCCAGACUGCAACCUCAAAAUUUGAAGGAAAUGGAAGAUAUGCAAUUUGACGGGUUUCCAUCUGCCAAAAUAAAGAAAUUUGGUCAAAAGUUGUUGAAUGUUAUUCCAAAAACGAACGUUACGGCACCGAUUCUAGAACGAUUAAAACAGUUUCCUUUACCCGAAUCUCAAAAUUCUUUGAAUUCUAGUGCAAUUUCUUCAUACACCAUGUGUAAAAUGGGGAAAAAUAUAAAAGAAAUUGCAAAAGAAAGGUCUAUGGCAAUAUCAACCAUAGAAACUCAUUUGACAAAUUGCUUGAAAUUUGGUUACGAAAUUAAAUUAUCUCUAUUUAAUAUUGAUAAAAAUGUUGCUAAAACCAUCAUUACUGGUAUCCUUGAAGCAAACGCAGGAUUAACUGUACUAACACCAAUAAAGUUGGCUUGUCCUGAAGAAAUAACGUUUGGACAAAUAAGAGCAUUUACAACGUAUUUACGGAUCCGUGAGCAUUUAAAUGAAAAAUCUCUUAGUUAUGAAGAAUUUGACGAUCCAGAGUAUUAUUAUAUGUAUAAACAACAAAUAGAGAAACGAGAAGAAAAUAAAAACCUUGACAAACUAUUAGAAGGCCUCCAAAAUAUCCAGAAAGAAGAAGUAAAUACAAAUGAGAACAGCAAUUUAUCUGAUGAUCUUUUAUCGAAUAUAUGUCACAAUUUGGAAAAUAAGAUUCAAGCUAUUGAUGAGAUUUCAGAAAACGUGGAUGAACCUGAUAAGAAAAAAUUGAAAAUGGACUUUUCAGAUCUUUUAGAUUCUCCACCUAGAUAUAAUUCAAAUGAAGAACCAAAUAACUUUAAUAAAAUUUCGACUACAUCGUCAAAUUCAAAAGAUUCAAAGGAAUCAAUACCAUCUCAGAUACAACCAAUUUCCACGAAUGAGGAAAAGAAAGAAGCGUUCAAUUUACCUCCGUGGUUAAUAAAAAAACGUAUUGCAUAAUUCUGAACAAGAUUUUUCUUAAAGUUUGUAUUAUAAUAUGGUUUCUAAUGGUAAGUGAGGUAUUUUAACAUAAAUUUCUCAAAAUAUUUAGUCCCUUAAUGAAUAAAUUCAAAUCAAAUCGGUUGAAAUGUUUGAUUGUUAACGAAUUUGAUUAUAAUGUUUGAUUAAAGCCGUCCUUUAUAAUAUUUUUAUUCUUGAGUCAUGCAUUUUUUGCCCCUGUGACGCGAGCGCCAUCUAGUGUUCAGAUAUGACAACUGCCGUCGGCCAUAUUGUUGAUACAUGUUUCUUAAACAAACCAGGGUAAUAAUAGCAUCAUAACUUUGUCUUUCAAUUAUUUUAAAGAAUUACUAGGACAGAUAUAUACCUUAGUGUGAAGGAUGGUACCAAGGAUUAAUUAUACAUAUUGCUUUUUUUUACAUCCACUCUACACGGAUCAUCAAUCCAUAUUCCCGAUGAAAAAGAUCAACAUGAAUAUAAAAGAGAAAAUUUUGGGUUUUCGCACAGGAAAUAAUGAGACUGAACAAGACUCGGUAAAAAACUGGAAAUAUUGAAAUGUCAAAGAUGUUUCAUCAAAUGGAAAAAUUUAGGGACACACAUAAAAUGAUUUAGGAAAAUUGAUAGUAAUGAAAGUGAGAAGAAAAGUUAUUUGGACAUUAAGACAAAAUGUUGUAAAAGUUAAAUCUUGAUUCCAGACGAAUAAGAGUAAAUGAUAACACUAUGGUACCGCACGCACAACAAGUGGAAUACAAACCUUGCCAAGCACUAUCACAUGUUCCCCUGGUAGUACUUUCACACGAGGAGGAAAUACAAGGUUAGAGGAGAGGAAUUUAUGAGCUUCCAAACUUGUAAUUCUUCAUAGCUUCUUUGGUCGUAAAGUUCGUGCGGAAAACUAGGUACUCCAGUCUGUCUAAUUCGGUCACGUGUAGCCACUUGUCCUUAUCCUCCAUAUCUUCGUACCGCAGCUCAAACGGGUCACAACCACACUCUUGAACUUCCUUCUGGUAGUGCUCACGGUUAUGAUGAGUCAAGUUCUCACUAUAUCCUCUCAAAAGGGCCAUACAUUAUCAAAUAAUAAUCUAGCAAUACUCCGGUAUAUCCUCUCUCCUCGAAACGCAUUAAUAACAUGGCAGACGCCUCGUUGUCAUGACUGCUCAAUAGAUGGCGCUCGUGUCCCGUCGCCCUGACGGUGACUCGUGCAGUAAAAUUGUCUAAUAUGACAUUUCAUAUUUUAAUAUGAUUUUGCUUUUUAUUUAAAACCGAAAACUGCAUGUAAAAUAUAUAUUACGAUAUACGUCCUUGAAGUUAUUAUUACGUACUCGAUUAGAUAUUCUUGACUCGGCUGUUUCGUUGUCUGAUCCAUAAAAAUCUAUCUCGUACCGUACUAAAUCACUCCCCAGACUUAAUAACGUGAAUAACUAUUGUUUCAAAUACAUUGCAUUAUUUUGUAUUAGAUUUAAUUUAUAAACCAAGAUACUGAAGUAUAUUCUAAUAUUGAAAACUUGUAAGUUUGUUAGGAAACUGUUCAUAUGUAAUAAAAAUGGAAAGGUACAUUUCUUUCUGAAAUAUCAUUUCACACAGUUAAAACUUUCUAAAGUAUGCAGAUAUGCAAAAUAAUUCUUGAGUGACUGUUCAAAAUGAAAUCAAUACGAAAUUUUGUCGAAGCAAUUUCUUUUGUAUUUAAUCGCGGAUACAAAAGUUUUGUAUUGAUGGCACAACCAUAAACUUUCAGUAUUUUAUUGUGGCGCUCAGGAUGAUGGUGACCAAAAACUUACCUAAGCCUAGAGAAAGAAAACACCAGAAAUCUAUUUUCGCUUUAUCAGUCUGACUUCUCAUUAUGACUAUAUAUCUGUGUAACCAUUAACUGAACAUUAAGUAUUUACAGGGUGCCCCUAAAUUCGACUGCCAACGCUCAAGGGGAAAUUUCUUGGGUUAAAUUAUGGUUAUCGGAAUAGGGAACUUAUGUCCGCAAACGCAUACAUGGUGUUGAAGUUUUGAAAAUAAAACGAUUUUUUGUCGAUAAAUUUCAAAUGGUGUGAUCGAUUGUUAUUGAAACUUUUUGACACAAAAUCAAGAAGAUUAAUAUCUUGAGACCUAACAGAUCAACCAAAUGGCCCACCUCAACCUAUCCACUUCAGUCCACUAUGGAGUCGUACAUUUGCUGAAAAAUGUACAAAAGCUUUAUCAUGCUGAAAUAUCAUGUUUUGUCGGAUAUAAAGAAGAACUUCUUCCAGAAGAAAACAUGAUGGUCCUAUUGUGUUAUCGUCUACUACUCCAGCCCGGAAAUUUACAAAAAAUUUUUGCUGAUACAUAACUGUUUUGGGAAUUAAAGAUGCCUUCUCUAGUAAACAUUGCCUCAUCGCUAAAUAAUAUUAAUUUAGAAAAUUCAUCAUUGUUUCUAUGUUGUUGAAGAUACCAAUUAAAAAAUUCUCCAUACAGAGCUUCAAUUUGUAUUCAAUCUGUGACUCAGAAAUCUCAUACUUGAAGAUAGUUGAUUUUCUAUAUUAUUUAAAACGUUUGUAGGACUCCAUUAACCUAUCGAUUUAAGUUUAAACUGUUUUAUAUUUUUCUAAAUAAUCACAAGAGCGGUCACAAAAUGAUGCUUUUCUCUAAAACGGUUAAUUUUAACGUAGUCAAAUUACUUUUUUCGUAAGGAAUGAUGGUAGGAUUCAAAAAUUAAAAAAGUAACAUUUUAUCCAGUGGUAGAGAAUUCAGGGGUAGAAAAAGGUGUGCGCCUCUGGAAUAAAACUAGAAAUCAUCUAUUCAUGUUAGAACAAGUAGUUUAUCAACUUGAUAAUGAUCAAAAAGUUUGAAUAAUACAUCAUUUGAAAUUUAUUGACAAGAAAUCGUUUUAUUUUUAAAAUUUUAACAUCAUGUAUAUUGGAAAUAAUGCGUUUGUGGACAUAAGUUCCCUAUUUCCGAUAGGCAUAAUUUGACCCAAGGAAUUUCCCUAGAGCAUUGGCAGUCUAUUUUAGGGACAUCCUGUAUAUCCGCCUAUGUAGUUGCUUCAGCAUUAAAUAUUUAUAUCAUUUUUUAAAAUUCCUAAUCAUGUUCAACAUACAUAAUAUUUGUUAUAUUAAUUUAUAAUUACAUUUCAUUUGUUCUAAAUUAAUUCAUUUCUAACUUGGGGUCUGGUAAAUUCUCAUGCUAUAAGUAGAUAAAAUUGAAAGACUAGAAGACAAUUGUGUUUUUGUUAAGAGCGAGUGGGUUUGUCAUAUUCUAUGAAAACAGACCGAAAAAAAAACUUUAAUCAAAUAUCAAUUUUUUUCCCACCGCAAGAAAUAAUUUAGACAAUAACUUAUAUUUUUUUGAAAUCUUUAGAGACUUGUAAAUAAGACUUGUAUCAAAUAUAAAUAAGAACCAAAAUUAUUUUCCAAUUGUUGCUUUCCAUUAUUUUUUAAACCAGAUUUUUGAUAUAGUGUUUGUGAUAUAUAUUUUUGUGUAUACUUCAAUUUGAAUUCCUUUUUGUAUAAAGACACAUUAUGCUGAACAUAACUGCUUGUUAACUAAAUGUGACCCAAAAGCAUUACACAAAACAAUAGGAAGUAUAACCCAGUGAUUGAAAAAUAACAAAUACAAAGCAACAUUGUUUUCAAUGGAACAAAAUAUACUUAUUGCAAAUUGUAUGUCAAAGCUUUUAAUUAAAAAUGUUUUUUUGUUUUCUCAGCUAUUUUUAUUUAUUAGUAGUAUAAGAAUUUUUUUUGUAAAAAUUUGAUAAAAUAUAUUUUGUAUUCAAUUUUCCAAUAAAUUUUUAAAACAA